AUGGGGCUAUUUUUAUCCCCCAGGGGGGUGUAUUUAUUGUUCCAUCCGGGGGGGAGUGAGGGAGAGCCUCUGGGACACCCCUCACAGUGACAUUGGCAGCUGAGCACAGCCAUGGCACCCAAGAAAGCCAAGAAGAGGAUUGAGGGUGCCAAUUCCAAUGUCUUCUCCAUGUUUGAGCAAGCCCAGAUCCAGGAAUUCAAGGAGGCCUUCACCAUCAUGGAUCAGAACCGGGACGGCUUCAUCGACAAGGCAGACCUGAGAGACACCUUUGCUGCCCUCGGGCGCCUGAACGUGAAGAACGAGGAGAUCGAUGAGAUGAUAAAGGAGGCACCGGGCCCCAUCAACUUCACCGUGUUCCUCACCAUGUUUGGGGAGAAGCUCAAGGGUGCUGACCCAGAGGAGACAAUCCUGAAUGCAUUCAAGGUGUUUGAUCCAGAGGGAAAAGGCCUGAAAUCUGCCUACAUCAAAGAAAUGCUGAUGACGCAGGGGGAGAGGUUUUCCCAGGAAGAGAUCGAUCAGAUGUUCGCUGCCUUCCCUCCGGACAUGUCUGGCAACCUGGACUACAAGAACCUGGUCCAUGUCAUCACUCAUGGUGAAGAGAAGGACUAG